GGAAUGAUGAACCUGUUUAUUGUAGAUGCUCAAUCAUCAUUCAAAUCCUCGACACACCUACCAACACAAUUCUUUACAGCAUCGCCAAGUUCGUCCUCAAAAACUGAACAACAAUUGUCAUUUUCUAAAACAGGCCUAGCUGUUGGAAUAUCGGUUGCUAUAGCAGUGAUCAUAGUCGUAGCAUGCGUUCUAAUAAUCCUGAGAAAACAAAAGAGUUCACCAAAGAAAGAGUCUACACAAACACCAACAAACAACCAUGAUUACGUUGGAACCCAGAAUAUAGCAAUGCCAAGGUCAGAAGACUCCUCUGAGUUUAAUGAUUUGAAACUGCGCCGUGAACCUCAUAAGUAUGGCGAACUACAGUCUAAAAGCAAGCCAACAGGUGAUACAUGUUAUGACUGUAUUGAUGCUAACGAACAUGCACGGGAAACAAAUGUUUUAAGUGUCGAAGGGUUGCCUUCAAGAUCUUGUCAAGAAUAUGCAAUGUUAGAUCCUAGUGAGAAAUGGAAUACGGAAUCAAAUACAUCUCCAUACCGUGACACUGGUUGUGACGACUAUACUGUUCUUGGAGCGGAGAAAGCAAUAACUAAUCAUGCUGCUUACCCUCCAAGCAACCACUUAAAGUAUAAAAACAAUGAAGUUAAAUCUUCAAAUAAUGCUAAACGCGAUAAUUACGUUGUUCUCGAUCCAAAAUUGACAGGGUUCAAUCGAAUGAAAGACACUGGAAAUGAUAAUUUCGACCCAAAUCCUAGAGAUAUAGUGCAUGGUUCAACGCAUCCUUUAAAAGAAAACACGAAUUGUUAUGAGCUUGCAAAACCUGUAUUGAAUGAUGGAAAGGAAAACACAUGCCAUAAAUAUGAUGGAGAUUAUGGAUCUUGUCAAGAUUCAGAUUACCAACUUAAUGCCGGACAUCCAACAUAUUCUGAGGAACAUGUUUACAACCACACUGUUGAUGACGUAUACGAUUCGACCUCACACAACAAAAAGAGCACUGUGCCAGACAACACCUACGAUUAUUUCUCUGGCAAUCAAACUGAUGAUGAUUAUAACUUACCUAUGAAAAUAUAAAAUGAUAUUCAUACUAAAAAUAUUCAGAGCGCAAUAUCAAUGUUAUUACUCUCACACCAUUUAAUCUUUUA